CACGCUCCGGCAGCGACAGGCUGCGGACGCCGGCGCACGCUGUCGCUCGUUGGGCUUCUGCUCGCACGCUCUUCCCCUCGCCUUCACGCCCGGCCCCGGCAGGGCCUUCAGCCCACCUGGGACGAUUGCCAACAGCUCCUACAGAUUCUCUUCACCACGGAGGAACGAGAAAGGAUUCUCCUUGAGGCCCGCAAGAAUGUCCUGGGGGACAACGGGGCCCCUACUCAACUCGACAACCUCAUUAAUGAGGCCUUCCCCCUCAAUCGACCUCAGUGGGACUACAACACAGCCGCAGGUAGGGAGCGUCUCCUGGUCUACCGCCGGACUCUAGUGGCAGGUCUCAAAGGGGCAGCUCGGCGCCCCACCAAUUUGGCUAAGGUAAGAGAGGUCUUACAAGGACCGGCAGAACCCCCUUCGGUUUUCUUAGAACGCCUAAUGGAGGCCUAUAGGAGAUACACUCCGUUUGAGCCCUCUUCUGAGGGGCAGCAGGCUGCAGUUACCAUGGCCUUCAUCGGACAGUCAGCCCCAGAUAUUAGAAAAAAGUUACAGAGGCUAGAGGGGCUCCAAGAUUAUUCCUUGCAAGAUUUAGUGAGGGAGGCAGAAAAGGUGUACCACAAAAGGGAGACAGAAGAAGAAAGAGAAGAAAGAGAAAAAAAAGAGGCAGAAGAGAGAGAAAGGCGGCGCGAUAAGCGCCAAGAAAAAAACUUGACUAGGAUUUUGGCCGCAGUGGUAAGUGAAAAAGGUUUUAGAGAUAGGCAGAUAGGGAAUCUGAGCAACCAGGCAAGAAAGACACCUAGGGAUAAAAGAUCUCCUCUGGACAAAGACCAGUGCGCAUACUGUAAAGAAAAGGGUCACUGGGCAAGAGAAUGUCCCCGAAAGAAAAACGUCAGAGAAGCCAAAGUUCUGUCCCUAGAUGACUAGGGGAGUCAAGGUUCGGACCCCCUCCCCGAACCCAGGAUAACGCUGACUGUGGAGGGGACUCCCAUUGAGUUCCUGGUCGAUACCGGGGCUGAACAUUCAGUUUUGACCCAACCCCUGGGAAGGGUAGGGUCCAGACGGACAGUCGUACAAGGAGCAACAGGGAGCAAAGUCUACCCCUGGACCACAAAGAGACUUUUAAAGGCUGGACAUAAACAGGUGACCCACUCCUUUCUGGUCAUACCCGAGUGCCCCGCCCCUUUGUUGGGUAGGGACCUCUUAACCAAACUAAAGGCCCAGAUCCAGUUUUCUGCUGAGGGCCCACAAGUAACAUGGGAAGACCGCCCUACACUGUGCCUGACCCUGAACCUAGAAGAAGAAUACCGGCUACAUGAAAAGCCAGGUCCCUCCUCUAUCGACCCAUCCUGGCUCCAACUUUUUCCCACUGUAUGGGCAGAGAGGGCAGGCAUGGGACUGGCCAAUCAAGUCCCACCAGUGGUAGUGGAACUAAGAUCAGGUGCCUCACCGGUGGCUGUUCGACAAUAUCCAAUGAGCAAGGAAGCCCGGGAAGGUAUCAGACCCCACAUCCAGAGGUUCUUAGACCUAGGGGUCCUGGUGCCCUGUCAAUCGCCCUGGAAUACCCCUCUACUACCUGUAAAAAAGCCAGGGACCAAUGACUAUCGGCCAGUCCAAGACCUGAGAGAAAUUAAUAAAAGGGUACAGGAUAUUCAUCCCACCGUCCCAAACCCUUACAGCCUUCUGAGUUCCCUUCCGCCCUGCCACACUUGGUAUUCAGUCUUAGAUCUCAAGGAUGCCUUUUUCUGCCUCAGGCUACACCCCAGCAGCCAGCCGCUAUUCGCGUUCGAGUGGAAAGACCCAGAAAAAGGUAACGCAGGUCAGUUGACCUGGACACGGCUGCCCCAAGGGUUCAAGAACUCUCCCACUCUCUUCGACGAGGCCCUCCACCGAGAUUUGGCCCCCUUUAGGGCCCUCAACCCUCAGGUAGUGCUACUCCAAUAUGUAGACGACCUCUUGGUGGCAGCCCCCACAUAUAGAGACUGCAAAGAAGGGACACAAAAGCUCCUACAGGAAUUGAGUAAAUUAGGGUACCGGGUAUCGGCUAAAAAGGCCCAGCUCUGCCAAAGAGAGGUCACCUAUCUGGGGUACCUACUCAAGGGGGGAAAAAGAUGGCUGACCCCGGCCCGAAAGGCUACUGUUAUGAAAAUCCCCGCUCCCACGACCCCCAGACAGGUCCGUGAAUUUCUGGGCACUGCAGGAUUCUGCAGGCUCUGGAUCCCUGGGUUUGCUUCCCUAGCUGCACCCCUGUAUCCCUUAACAAAGGAAAGCAUCCCUUUUACCUGGACUGAGGAACAUCAAAAAGCUUUUGACCACAUAAAAAAAGCCUUGCUGUCAGCCCCCGCUUUGGCCCUCCCAGACCUCACCAAACCAUUUACUCUAUACGUAGAUGAGAGAGCCGGUGUGGCCCGGGGAGUGCUUACUCAGACUUUAGGACCCUGGCGGCGGCCAGUAGCUUACCUAUCAAAAAAAUUGGAUCCGGUGGCUAGCGGGUGGCCAACCUGCCUGAAAGCGGUUGCAGCCGUGGCACUCCUUCUCAAGGACGCUGAUAAGUUAACCUUGGGACAGAAUGUGACUGUGAUUGCUCCCCAUAGCCUCGAAAGCAUUGUGCGGCAGCCCCCCGACCGGUGGAUGACCAAUGCCAGGAUGACUCAUUAUCAGAGCCUGCUGCUAAAUGAAAGGAUAUCGUUUGCACCCCCUGCCAUCCUGAACCCAGCUACCCUCCUACCAGUCGAAUCGGAAGCUACCCCAGUACACAGGUGCUCAGAGAUCCUCGCCGAAGAAACUGGAACUCGACGAGACCUGAAAGACCAGCCAUUGCCCGGGGUGCCAGCCUGGUAUACGGACGGUAGCAGUUUCAUCGCGGAGGGUAAGCAGAGAGCAGGGGCCGCCAUCGUAGAUGGCAAGCGGACGGUGUGGGCAAGCAGCCUGCCAGAAGGUACGUCAGCCCAGAAGGCCGAACUAGUGGCUUUGACGCAGGCAUUACGCCUGGCCGAAGGAAAAAACAUCAACAUCUACACCGACAGCAGGUAUGCUUUUGCCACUGCUCACAUUCAUGGGGCAAUAUAUAAACAGAGGGGGUUGCUCACUUCUGCGGGAAAAGACAUUAAAAACAAGAAAGAAAUUUUGGCCCUGCUAGAGGCCAUUCACCUCCCUAAGCGGGUCGCCAUUAUCCACUGCCCCGGCCACCAGAGGGGAAAUGACCCUGUGGCCACCGGGAACCGGAGGGCCGACGAGGCUGCAAAACAAGCCGCCCUGUCGACCAGAGUGCUGGCAGAAACUACAAAACCUCAAGAGCUAAUCGAACCCGCCCAGGUUAAGGCCGAGCCAAGAGAGCUCACCCCUGACCGGGGGAAAGAAUUUAUUCAGCGGUUGCAUCAGUUGACACACUUGGGACCAGAAAAGCUUCUCCAAUUAGUAAACCGCACCAGCCUCCUCAUCCCGAACCUCCAGUCUGUAGUUCGCGAGGUCACCAGUCGGUGUCAGGCUUGUGUCAUGACUAAUGCGGUCCCAACCUACCGAGAGAUCGGAAAGAGACAACGAGGAGAUCGACCCGGCGUAUACUGGGAGGUAGACUUCACAGAGGUAAAGCCUGGCCGGUAUGGAAACAGGUAUCUGCUGGUAUUCAUAGACACUUUUUCCGGAUGGGUAGAAGCUUUUCCUACCAAAACUGAAGCGUCUCUCACCGCGACCCCCGCCCGCCGCGCGCGCCCAACCGCUCCCCCGGCCGCGCGCCCAACGGCUUCCCCGGCCGCGCGCCCAACGGCUUCCCCGGCCCGGACUCCCCCACGCGGGCUCGUACCCUCGCGCGCCCGCGACCGUCUCAUGCUGCGCGGCUCGACCCACCGACUCCGUCCCGAGCGCGGCGGGCCGGGGCCUGGCGGGCGCUGCGGGUGGAGCGGGGAUGCUGAGGGGCUGCUCCCGGGCGGAGCGACGCGGAUAGGAGGCGCCGAGGCAGCGGUGGGGCUCACGGCGCGCGGCUGGAUGCCCCCGGCCUGCGGCUCCCUGCGCCUUCCGCCGUCCAGGGGCGCCAUCCACGGGCGCCGCUCCGGCUGCCUUCCGCGCACCCGCUCGCCUUCUGCUGCUACACGUCGGUGCUUCUGCUCUUCGCCUUCUCUCUGCUCGGGACCAACGGGUCCAACCAUCCAUCGGGUGGCGGCAGCGGCGGCGGCGGGGACUGUCCCGGCGGCAAAAGCAAGAGCCUCAACUGCUCAGUGUCAUACAAAUUACAUUCCUGUCUGUGGAUCAGAUGGGGACACUUAUCAAAAUGAAUGCUUUCUUAGAAGGGCUGCUUGUAAGCACCAGAAAGAGAUAACAGUGGUAGCAAGAGGACCAUGCUACUCUGAUAACGGCUCUGGAUCUGGAGAAGGAGGGUGUGAUGCAGGGUACUGUGCCCUAGCUGGGCACCUUCCUGACUGACCUGACCAUGCUUGACACUGCUCUUCAGGACUCCAUCGAGCUGUUCUGGUUCCUCGCUCCUGCAUGAGUCCACGGGAACCCAGUUAGUGGUCUUGCUGGCUGGGGGGCCACCAAAGCUCUCCUCUCCCCUGCUGCGUCCAAGCAACUUCAU